AUGUCGUCGCCAUUCCUACACCCCGACCGCGAGGAAGACCCAGGGGAUCCGGACGAGGCAGAGGAACAUCGAGUGGCGCAAGCACUCCACGGAUUACCGAGGAGGAACGACGACGACACUGACUUUGACGGGGAGGAAGGCGGCCGCGAGGAUGUUGAAUGUCAGGCAUAUGUCAUCGACGGCGACGAGUACGUGACGGAGGAUGACCCGAAGGGAGAUGAGAAGAUUGACAGGUGGGUGAACUUGCUGGGAGGACGGCGCUUCAAGUCUGCUACGUUCAUCCUCCCGAACCGACAUCCCCAGCGGCAGUACAUGCUGGCCAUCGAUGCGGCACGAACAUCGGGGUUCCGGGACUCGCUGUACUACUUCCGCAAGAAUCUGCUGGCGCUCAAACUCAAUGCGACACAGCAGGAGAAAGAGUACCUGAUCAACGAGGGCAAGCUGGGCUCGCACCUGCGCACGAGGAGCGUCACCCUCGUCACCGCACGCAGUGCCUUCAAACUGCACGGGAGCAAGAUGAUCUUUGAGGGAAGAUGGGUAACGGAUGACUACUACGAAGGCAAGGUGCUCGAGGAGAUCACAGCCCGCGGUCUCAAAGCCGGAGAUCCUGUUGGCGACCUGCCCGACCCCAAUGCGACACACCACAACAACGAGCUGUCUGCGCUCAAUGCCGCCUCUGCGGCGGGUACAGCCAAGGGCGACCGAGGUGGUGGCGGAGGCGGAGGGAUCUACCGUGCGGGUGGCCCAACGACGAUCUUCGCGGGCAGUGGCUGGGGGCCGUACAGCGAUGGGCCUUUGAACGCGGUGCGGAAGAGCGUUCUGAGCCGGGAUGGGGUGGACGAGGACAACUGGAUGUGGAUGAUGGCGAACCGGGUGGCGGCAGCGUUGGACGAGUGGAUGAAGUUGCGGAAGGAGGCUGUGAAGAUCGUCGAGGGUGUGGAUGGGCUGGUGAUGGGUGGUGCGGUGUUGCCUCCGAACGGGAGUCAGCAGACAACUGGCGGCAAGAUGGAGACGAAGAAACGAAAAGUAUGGAUUGACACAACGCCUGUGGUCGGUGUGUACGAGCCCCACUCCAAUGUCAUCCAAUAUCGGGCCGACACCCAGCCAACCUGUGCACGAUGGGACGUGCUACCCGACACAGCAUUGAAAUGCGUCAUUGGAGGCACGAAGGUCGGAAACGGUGCUUGGGCAGUUGCAUGGGUGGACACAAUCAUGGAGUUCCCAGAUGAGACAGUGCUUGCUGCUUUGCCCGAAGCCCAGACAUGUGAAAAGUUGCUGAGAGAGGCGGAGGGCUCUGGGUUGCAGCCGAUUGAGUUCACGUAG